AGCAUGUUCCUAAGACUCUUAAUAGCGUUCCUAUUACGACUAUUCGAAAGUUUGCACGUAAAUCGUGGAGGUAUAUGGAUGCAUAUGACAGGGGACUAGAGGGCAGGACCGCUGAAUGGGCUGUUAAUAAAUACAAGUCACACCGUCGGUUACCAGAAAAUAUUGAAAGAAUGAUGGAUGAUUAG